AUGUUACUUGGAGACUCAGGCGUGGGGAAAACCUGCUUCCUGCUCCAGUUCAAAGACGGGGCCUUUCUCUCCGGGACGUUCAUAGCCACCGUGGGCAUAGAUUUCCGGAACAAAGUGGUGGCCGUGGAUGGCGUGAAGGUGAAGUUGCAGAUCUGGGACACGGCAGGACAGGAGCGUUUCCGCAGCGUCACCCAUGCCUACUACAGAGAUGCCCAAGCCCUGCUCCUGCUCUACGAUAUCACCAGCAAGAUGUCCUUUGACAACAUCCGCGCCUGGCUGACGGAGAUCCACGAGUACGCCCAGAAGGACGUGGUCAUCAUGCUGCUGGGCAAUAAGGCUGAUGUGAGCAGUGAGAGGGCCGUGAGGAUGGAAGAUGGAGCAUCGCUGGCCAGGGAGUACGGGGUGCCUUUCAUGGAGACGAGUGCCAAGACGGGCAUGAACGUGGAGCUAGCCUUCCUGGCCAUUGCCAAGGAGCUGAAGCAGCGCGCGGUGCAGCCACCGGACGAGCCCCGCUUCCAGAUCCACGACUACAUCGAGUCACAGAAGAAGAAAUCAAGCUGCUGUGCCUUCGCCUGAGAGUGGCCGGGAGGAGCUGGCAGCCCCGGGGGUGCAGGCAGGCAGGCAGGAGGCAGAGCAGGGGCCUAAUCCUGCCCUUGCGUGCCCGAGGAAACCAGGCUCUGACAAGCCAAGCGUGGACGGGACAAUUCGGCAGAGUGAAGCAUGCACAGGGAGAGCCAUUGCCCUGGCGCCAGGAUCCAGGGGCCAGAUCCUGCUGCCCUGCGGGGCAAUGCCUGGAGCUUACUGUGUGCUACUGGGGGAGUAACCACGUUGUGAUGACUGCCAGCCUGGCCAGCGAGCCAUUGUGGUGCCUCCAUCACCUGAGCAGGAUACGGCCCUGCAGCUAGCUGAGGGCUCCUGGGAGCGGCUGGAGGGGCUGCGUGUGUGCCAUGGAUGAGCCUUCGUACAGCCGCCGGUCCUCUCCUCCCCUGCAGCCAUCCCCACUCUCGGCACUGCUCUCGUCCGGCUGAAAGGGCCUGAUCCAGCCCCCACGUCCCCGGUGCUGCCAGGCUCUGGCUUCCCUCCAGGGAGCCUCAGCUCUGCCCCCC